CACCAACUUUAAUUUGAUAAUUUCCGGAGUUGUGCAAAAUGGCUGACACGAAGGACCUUCUCGAGCUCCUCGAAAGGAGGAUUCCCGAUGCUAGGAAAGCAUUAAGGGACAGUCACAAGAACCUAGAAGGGCUAGCGAAUUAUUGUGAAACCAAUUAUGUGGAAUCUGGACAGACUAGCCAGUUCUUGGAAGAGACAAAGCAAUACACGGCACAGUCCUUGGCUAGUGUCGCCUAUCAGGUUAAUAUACUCGCCACGGGAAUGCUUGAACUUCUCGACGCUCAAAUGAAGCACAUGAAUGACAUGGAGUCUAACGUUAGGCAUAUAUCCCAGGCUGUGGAUAUUCACAAAGAGAAAGUUGCCAGGCGUGAGAUUGGUAUGCUGGCUACCAGCAAGAACAUCACAAGGACUCAAAAGGUCGUGACUCCAUCUCAGAAGGAGAAGCCACAGAAAUACGUGAGGAAUAAAUUGGACUUCAAUAGUUUGGAUCACAUUGGUCACGGAGUGAGGGUAUCUGCUACUGAUUUACCGAGGAAGUUCUCCAGUGUGCAGUCUGAGUCACCAGUAACCUUGAAGAGACCUGGUCCAGUUCCAUCAUCAGGUCCUGUUGUACCUCCUCCCUCUCAGCCACAAGCAGUUGCUCCACCAUCUGUCCCCACUGGUCCAACAGUUGUUGCUCCUCCCACAUUUCCUAGUGGUCCAACUGCAGUUGCUCCUCCCACUGCUCCUGUUGGUCCUACAGUUGUAGCUCCUCCUACCUUUCCAGGUGGUCCUGCUCCUGUUCCUCCGCCCACAUUCCCUGGUGAUAUGGGUGGUCCGUUAUAUUCUAAUGUUCCUGGAGCUCCUCCCCCUCCUCCUCCUCCUGAAGUAUCAGGAAUGGCUCCUCCACCCCCACCAGUAGCGCCAGUAGCUCCUCCUCCUCCUAGUGAUGGUCUUUAUGAUACACUGCAAGCAGUUCAAGCUCCUCCUCCUCCACCUCCUCCACCAGCUGCUGUACCACCUCCUCCAGCUGCUCCAACUCCCCCUCCACCACCACAGGCUGUACCAUCCCCUCCCCCUCCUCCUCCUACCCCACCUACCAGUGCUACCCCUCCCCCACCACCCCCGGCUAAUAUUCCUCCUCCUCCUCCUGCCCCACCUGCUGGAGUACCCUCUCCACCACCUCCUCCCCCUCCUCCUCCACCCGGAGCCGGAGGAGUACCUCCCCCUCCUCCCCCUGGAGCUGGUGUCCCUCCUCCUCCUCCUCCUCCCCCCGGAGCUGGAGGGGCUCCUCCUCCACCGGCUGCUGGUGGACCCCCUCCUCCUCCUCCUCCUCCUGGUGGACCUGGUGCUCCUCCCCCUCCUCCUCCUCCCCCUCCCCCUCCUCCUGCUGGUCUCUCUGGUAUUAAGAAAGCAGCUGCGUCCAGUUCACCAAAGCCUCCUCCCCCUAAGGCUACGCCACCUCCAAGCUCGGGUGGUGGGGGAAUGUUUGGAUUUGAUCCAUCUAAAAUAGUCCUUAAGAAAACAGGAAGUAAGUUUGCUGGCACUAAAGGUGAUGAUUCCAAUAAGGAGCCUCCUAAAGUGGCUCCCUCUCCUAAAGUGAAGCCAAAGCCAGCUCGUGCUGGUUCCAUAUCCAAGCAGCCAUCAAGCCCCUCGAUGGGAUCUGUUGCUGCUGCCUCUACUCCUCCACCUCCUCCUCCUCCUGCCCCACCUACACCUUCAGAUGGUGGUGGUGGUGGUGUCCCUGCUCCUCCUCCUCCCCCACCUGCAGGUGGUGGCCCUCCCCCACCUCCUCCUCCUCCUCCUCCCCCUCCGGCCCCUGGACAGACUCCGCCCUUUAAGAAGGCUACUCCUGCUCCAAAAGCUGCUCCUCCUCCCAAACAGCAGCAGGCUCCUUCUUUCAGUCCUGAUGAUAUCUUACGAGUUAAACUGGGGAAGAGGAACACCAAGCAACAACCUGUUGACUUGCCACCUCCUCCUCCUCCCCCCGAGCCUGAACCACCCAAAUCAUCUGCUCCUAGCUGGGCACCUACUGAGUAUAUUGAGAAAGUUGAAGCAUUGUACGACUAUGUGAAGGACAAAGAAGAUGAGUUGACAUUUAGUGCUGGGUCUAUCAUUUACGUUGUGAAGAAGAAUGAUGAUGGAUGGUACGAGGGUGUGCUCGAUGGCAAUACUGGCUUGUUUCCUGGAAAUUAUGUAGAUCUCCUUCAAUAACUUGAGAAUUAUACGAAAUAAUUUUAAGUGUGUGUGAGUGAAAUCAUCAUUAUGAUUGUUAGUAGUAUUAGGAGACAUUUUGUAGUCAUGUUCUAUGUUAAAAUUAAUUUUUUUUUAAUACUAAAACGUUAAUAUCCUGCCUAAGCAUAA